UAUCGAUCUCUAUUCCAUUCUAGGUGAGUCUAUUUCAAUAUUGCCUCGACUCCUGUGUUCUAUUUUCCAAGGUCAUGGACUGUGCUCUCUGAUAUCAUAUAUGACGGUGGUUGGACCAACAAGGUCGCCGCAUCUCAGUGGAUGAGAGCGCCUUGACCUUCUCCACCUCUGGCACUGAUCCCGGGCGGGCCAGAGUGCUAUCAAUACCAUGAUCCCCAUCGACUCUGGACCUUGGGUUGUUCUUUCUGUAUCACAUCACUAACACGCAAUCAUGCAGACCUCAGACUACCGGUACAAUUACACUCAACCACAGAAAUCUCAAGGAGACGCUGCUCACCAGCGCCCAUUGAGACAACCGCCUACGGCAUAUCCUGUCAAGGGAGGAAUGGAAAUUGGUGGCCUUCUGAACGCCAGGAACGCCGCCGCCGCCGACGCUCAACUUAGACGCCAGCUUCAACAAUCGAUGCACGUAGAGGGUGGAGUCGCAUACGCCAUGAAUCACAACCAAGGUCCAACAAUGCUUCACCACGCCCAACACCCUAUGCAACACCCCAGUGGCAUGGGAUAUCCUCCGCUCGGUCAGCCGCAACAUCCUGCGCACAUGUAUGGCAACAGCUUCAUUCCACGACAUGACACCCACGCAGCUCUUGCCGACGACAACUUUGGUGCAAUGAAACCAAGAAACGAAGGAGCGCCCAAGGCUUUUGCCUGCAGCACCUGCCAGAAGGGGUUCGCCCGACGCAGUGAUCUGGCUCGUCAUGGUAUGUCGUUAUCCGUUCUACUUCUAAAGCAGCGAGUUCUAACUCGAGUAGAACGCAUUCACAGUGGCAUCCGACCACAUGCAUGCGACUACCCAGGCUGCGGAAAACAGUUCAUCCAGAGAUCUGCUCUGACUGUGCAUGCGCGAGUUCACACUGGAGAAAAACCACAUAUGUGUGAACGUUGCGGAAAGCCAUUUUCCGACUCCAGCUCACUGGCCAGACAUCGCAGAAUUCACUCCGGCAAGCGACCAUACAAGUGCCCAUACGCCAACUGCCAGAAGACGUUCACUCGGCGAACGACACUCACUCGUCACCAAAAUCAUCACACUGGGACGAUCGAGCAGGCAGCUGCCGAGACCAACGCCAAACUAUCGACCACUCAGCCUCCAUCGCAAUCGAUCUAUGGGUCUACCUCCGGAUCUUCGAGGAAUUCCACGGCCUCGCCUGCCGAUAGACAAUUAUCGGUUUCUCCCAACUCAGAGUUGCCACCAGUGACCAAUGGGAUGGCGCGACAAGGGUCGGAUUAUGGAUACAUGUCGCAACCCCACUCACUACCGCCCCACAUGCGAAGCGACUACCAACAAAAUGCUCAGCGCACCACACCUUCGAUGAAUGCGCAUUCGCUCCAACACUAUACCAGUGCUCCUCAGCAGCAAAGACCACCUACAGCGUCUCGGCCCUCAAAUUAUGGGCCACCCCAACCCAUGGAGCCACCCACGACAGGGCCUGGUAGUGGCAACGCUUCCCCUCACAUGAACAAUCUCGCCUGGGCUGGACAAAAUGCGCCCAACAUGCCAGGAUCAGGCAACAUGGACAAUUAUGCUUAUCCUGAGCCGGCUUAUGGUGGUCACAACAUGUACUAUCCAGGAACGAGCAUUCGUCGACCACAGAGCACGGAGCCGGAGGACUACGGCAUCCGGCUACGACAUCCUCACAUGGCCCACCAGGUACCAAUCACGGCAGACUGGAGUGCCAUGCCCAUUGGCGUACAGGACAAUCGACAAGAGCGAUAUGUGAUGUAGACGAGUUUCCACAUGCUUGGCAGCAAGCGGAGACUCCAUCUUCAAUAAUUCCAACUCGGUGACACAUCAGGCACAUCAGGUGGACGCUUGAUUUUUGCACGACGGUGGCAGAAUCAAUUCACUUGCUCGGUUUGGGAACCUUCUGCCAAUCGGUCGCUUCGAUCGAUCUUUUCUCUCUACGAUACCCCAACGGCCAAGUUCUCAGGACUUGAUAUUGUUUUGGAGUUGUUUAUGCAAUGUAUGACAUGCAGGACGGUUUCCACCAGGGCACAGUGUACAAGGGGGAUUAUCUGGUCAGGUGUAGGUUCUACGGAGUACUCGGUCAUCAUGGGUUGGGGAGGGUGAGGACCCCUCGAGGCAUUUGGGAAUAGCAGCGUCUGGAUUUGAACAUUUGUGGUUGCAAAACCGUUAGUCGGUGGCGCACGGUCCUGCAUGUGAACCGACCACAUUAAUUGGCGCACACGGGCCGCUGAAAGACUUGAUCGGGACAGGUUAGAAGUCGGUUGCCUCACAGGCGCCUUGAAAGAGUCAUGUACUAGUGGCGAUAAGGCAAGCACACUUUCAAUCCUUGACCCUCUUCUCAUUGAACAAUAAUGUAUGAUGCUCGUAAUGUUCGUGAUGCUCUCCUAAGAGCUGGUCUGCGCUCUGAGGAUCUUCCGCUUCGGUCCAUCUGGCGAGUUACGUAG